AUGUCGGUCGUCUGCUUUCCUGCGUUAUCCCGUCUUCCGUCUCUAGUGACUCCGAGCUUGGCGAUCCUACUCGGAAGUGCCAUGAAGAACCCUAUCAUUAUCAACGAUGCGGCGAGUGAACCAUCUUCAUCUGCCAGUCCAUCGCCGUCCACCGAUGAUUCGACCCCCCGCAUCUCGCCCGAGAUCAGCCAUAACCUGCCAGAUACGCCCCACGCCAUCCGCAAGUUCUUGGACCGGCCACGCAAACUGCUGGGUUCAUGUCUUCGUCGGCCGAAUUCCAUGACCGACAAGUUAAAACUAAUGCAAUAUAGAGCGACCAUAUGCAAACCUUCACCGAUUUCGGAAACGAAGGAGCUUAAGAAAGAGGCGGAUCUUUUAGGAGCAUUGUGGACAUACCGUUCCAUAAAAACGAGUAUGGUAAGCACUCUCAAGCUGGGAUGGGGGAAAGGGCUCGCCAGCAAUCCACAGAAUGACGAUACUAUUCAAAAUAAGGUCCACGUCCUCAAGCCUGACGAGUUCAUCUCCAAAACAACACUCACACAUUCUGGGAUGAAGUCAUUCCGAAAAUGGCUUCGGCUUGAGUACCGCACACGCGGGGACCUCGUCAAAAUGGAGCGGCUUCUUCCAUUGCCAAAUGUCGUACGAAAAGCCCUCAUAACUCAUCUCUAUGGUUGCGAGCGAAAUCGUGACACCACUGAUAUUGAAUCCUUUCUCGGCGAGCCCAACCACUAUAUUCGUGAAGAAUGGGAGCGAAAACAUGUAGCGAAGCGCAAGAUCUCCUGA